AUGUCUCCGAAGCCUCCCUCUCACACCUCCGUUCGAAGAAUCUGUUCUCGCCGUCCACGUCCGUCCGUCGCGUCAAUAGCAGAUAUUUUUGUCGGCUCGCUAGUUCUAGCAAGCUUUUGCCAUGAGCAUUCGCCGUACCGCCGAGGGAUUGCGACAUUUGCCUGGAGUCCUUCGGAUCGCAAUCUGCAACGGUUUCGAGGCAAAGGGGUGACUAGUCGUGGGCAGUUACCCCGAAGCCAAUCAGAGUAUUCAAGCUCCAGGUUGCCGUUGUCGCAACCCACAAGAUUGAUCAGCCACGGAUUGGCGCGUACGAAUGACGACGAUUUGGCAGAAGCAAAAGAAGGAGGAGGAGAACUAAAUACGAGCUUGCGGGAGGAGACGGAGGAGACGGAGGAAGACAACGAUUAUAUACCCUUAUGGGUGACCGAAACUGCGGACAGGAAACCACAGAAACAACCUCACAGACCGGACUUGAAACGAGGCCACAAUCAUAUACUAAACUCCAAACACGAACCAUUCGAUUCUGGCCUUGAAAUGACGGAAAACGACGGCCUUUUUCUUGAAACACCUACAGCGUAUCUGAGUCCCGACAAAGAGAGAUACUUGUCUACAUUGACGUUGUAUCGGAAAUUACUGGCUGACCAUGAUUGGGAGCAAGCGGCAAAUGCCGUGGCGUCGUAUAAGCGAUUCACCAAAAUGACGGAAGAUGUGUCGCGUGAUGAAACCGAAAGCCAGGCAGUGGCUCAGCUUGUCACCACCUUGUGGCAGGAGCAACGCGCUUCUACUCAAUAUCUUUUUCGAUUAUACAGAGAUCUCCCUGCACCUGGAAUGUCAUUGCUUUCUAAGCGGAGCCGCGGUGCCCUGUUGCGUCGGUUUGCGAAUCCUCCAGACCGGCGAUGGGUAGAUGCUCGUCGCUACUUGGCCUUGAUAGAGGAUAUGGUGCUUUCUGGGCUUCCCGUGUCCCUCUCACUCUGGUCCUCUGCCAUUCACAUGGCUGGCCGAGCGAAUGGCACCGUUUUGAAGAAAGACCUUAUCCGAGCUAUUGGCUUGUGGCAACAGAUGGAACAUGUUGCUGGAGUGCAAGCCGACGAAGUGGUCUUCAACAUUCUAUUUGACAUCGCCAUCAAAGCCAGCCAAUUUUCAGUUGCGCAUCGGCUGGAGGAGGAGAUGGGCAGGCGGGGCAUGGACUUCUCGCGCUGUGGGAAAGUUUCCAAAUUGUACUAUUAUGGCAUGAUUCGGGAUGCAGAGGGCAUUCGAAGGACGUUUGAUGACUUUGUGCAAUCUGGGGAGAUUGUCGACACGGUUGUCAUGAACUGUCUGAUCGCUUCUUUCCUGCAGGCGGGCGAGCGACAAACAGCGGAGCAGCUGUACGCACGCAUGCUAGAAAGGUCAACAAGGCGGCAACGCAACGCCAAUCGAAAUUCUGAAGACGGACUGGUGGUUCGAUCUGUCACUGAGAGCUUGACCUACAACAUGCCGGAAUAUCGACAAAAAACCCGAAAACUAGGUCGUGUGUUGAAGAAGUCCAAAGCUCUCAAGCGGCAGUUUCCCGAAUAUCAUCGUGCUCUCCAGAAUUCUCUCUCUCUGUCACCUGAUACCCGGACUUUUUACACCUUUCUACGAUACCACGCCUACACAUCUGGCCAGCUGGACUGUUUCAUGGCUGUUGUAGGUGACCUAGAAAAUGCCUUCAAUGUGCCCCCACGGGGCAUCAUCUAUCUCUUUCUCUUUGAAGGUUUCGCCAUCCAUGGUCGGAGGAAAAAGCAAUGGACUCCAGAAAACCUUCGGUUGACCUGGCACGCAUACAUCCGGGCUCUACACGAUUCGAAUGCAAGACUUCGCGGGCUAUACCUGAAUAGUCCCAAGAAUGUUUGGGAGAACCCACUUGCCCAAACUGUUAAUAUUGACCUGGAUGCAGAGCUGCCAGUGAGCGAUUCUCCCGAUGGGCUAUACAUGUCUCUGCCAUCAACAGACGGAGAGUCCAGCGCCACGGAGCAGCCAGAGGAACACGAGAAAAACGCCGAACCAUCCACCACACAAGACCUCGAUCCCGAGAGUCUCGAACCACACGGUCCAGAGUCUCUCUCAGAUGAAGAAGACGAUUUCAUGUCUCAAGACGAAAUCGACGAGGUGUUUAGGCCUCGCUCUUAUUCUGAGUCUGAUAGAGGUCAGUACGUCGAUCGACGCGUUGAGAACGGUGUUUUCAUUGGACGCCGCAUGAUCACCAUUAUCCUUAGAGCGUUUGGAACAUGUUGUGGCCCCAAAGAGGUUCUGGAUGUUUGGUUCCAACUCGAUCGGCUUUGGCAUCCUCAGCAUCGCAGGGCAAUUGACGUCCUGGCCAUCAAGGAAGAACUUGAUAAACAGAUGUCAAGGAACCCACGCCGGAAGGACUGA